CUGCCGCCCUCUUGGACUCUCGUGCACCCACCAACUCGCGCUUGUUUCACAGCUCAACACCCUCGCACGCUUGCUAUCAAUAUUUUGACAUUUGUUGCAAAGGACAUCGUUGAUAGUCUAUUCCGAAGAUCCGAAUGUCACAGACCGUGACAGCAUCUGUCAGCAACAGCCGUUGGGGCUCGACCAAAAAUUACCUCACCAUAUCGUCAACCACGUAGAAACAUCACCGCCAACAUGCCUGGAAUCCUGCCUAUGAAAGUUAUCAAAAUCGGAUCGAGCAGCCAAGCCCGUAUCGCCCAAGCAUGCGAUCGAUGUCGUUCAAAAAAGAUACGCUGUGACGGCAUACGCCCUAGCUGCACACAAUGCACAAACGUUGGCUUCGAGUGCAAGACGAGCGACAAGUUGAGCCGUCGCGCCUUUCCGAGAGGGUACACAGAGUCACUGGAGGAGCGCACGCGACUCUUGGAGGCAGAGGUGCGCGAGCUCAAGGAGCUGCUUGACGAGAAAGAUGAGAAGAUUGAUAUGCUCUCGCGCAUACAUUCGCACUCUUCAGUCGCACAUACGACUGGAAGACGGCCAUCGCACCAACCAGGCUCUUGGGAGGUUCGUGACAAAUCGCCAGAGAAGGACGACACUUUCAAAGUGCAAGCACCGCUCCUGUCUGACAGUGCGAACCACGAUUCGUAUUUUGAGGGCGGCUCCAGUGGACGGGCACUUAUUGAGGCUUUCAACCAAAAGGCCCAAAAGACGGGCAGAUUGUGCACCGGUAUUAGCUCAAACGCGUUCUUCGGAGCGGAGGAGAAGACAGCUACUUCUGCUUCGCCCAAACGCAUUGUUUCUUUCAAGGCGCCUCCUCGCCUAGUCUCUGACCAGAUGAUCAACAUCUUUUUCCAGGAAUGGGCGCCUCUUUUUCCAAUUCUUCAUCGUCCAACCUUUCUCUCCCUUUACGAAAAGUAUGUCGCAAAUCCCGACGAUAUGGUCGACAGAAAGUCACUUGUCGUACUGAACCUUGUCUUUGGAAUCGCCACGUUGUCACGCGAUCCUCAUGACGGUCAAGACGCAAGUUCUUACGAAGCUCAAUGGCAGGGUGCCAUUGAGAGUUUCUUGAUGGACAAUGACAUUGAAACCCUACAAUGCCUCGUCCUUGCUCAGAUCUUCUGCUUGUUGAAGGCUGACAAUUCGCGGCUUCUUCAGUACAAGGGCCUGGCGAUUGGCCUGUCACAACGUCUCGGCUUGCAUCAAUCACAGAAGCGUUUCGAAUACGGCGCACUGACCAGCGAAACAAGGAAGAAAGUCUUCUGGUCGUUUUACACUGUCGACUGCCUAUCUGCUGCGCAACUCGGCCUUCCCAUGCUCAUCAAAGAUGACGAUGUGCACUGCGAGUAUCCAGUCGAUGCCGAUGACGAGUAUGUUACCGAAAAGGGGUUCCUGCCGACCUUGCCCGGCGAGUCGACCAAGCUCUCAAGCGCCCUUGCGCUCUUCCGCGUCACACGUAUCCUGUCUAAGGUUCUUGUUGAGUUGUACCCGACUUCGGCCUCUCAUGAGAUCUCCUUCCAAACUAUCGCGUCUCUUGCCGACGAUCUUGACGACUGGGAGAGAAACCUUGCACCUCACCUCAAAUUGACGUUUGCACAAGACAAGCCGAGUACGAACGUGACUAGCAGCAGGUCACCUAUUCUUUCUUUGACUUACCAUCACAUCCGGUCGCUCAUCUAUCGACCGGCUGUUAUUGCUGACUUGGGAGAUAAAAGCUCUUCGGCCGCCGUUGCUGUUGGCGAUUCUUGCAAGCACAUUGUACAGAUCGUUCAACUCCUCGAUGAACGUGGACUCUGUUUCUCUUUCUGCUUGAGUCGCAAUGAAGUACUCGUGCAAGCUGGUUUCGGGCUGCUCUAUCAGACUCUGGACCUUGCCCGUGAUGGCAAACUCAUCAAGGACUACAACCGCCUUCUCUGCUCCGUUAUAGAAAUGCUUGAGCGCGGAAAUGCUCGUGGCUCUGUGGAGUUCCGUCGCAUUGGUUGCGCUAUGAUUACUGUUCCUCGCGUCAACCCAUUGCCGGCGCCCUCGCUGUUACGCCAUAAUUCUGAUGGCAAUAUGGGAGCGCCAAUGGACACUUUCCGUGCCACUCAAAAGUCACUGAAGGCUAUCGCAGCUCGCAUGUCUCCGGGCUCUACGAAGUGUGCUCAAGCACUCACAGCCUCACGCCGUGCGACUCUCCCUGUCAUUCCACCAAGCAUGAGUAUGCACGCCAAUCCAUCUUCAACAAGUCUGUCCUCUAUCCACUCGGAAACAUCUGUAAGCCGCUCAGAACCAACGCAUAGUCCGCUAGCCAAUAGAGAUGUUCUCCCCAUGCCGAGCAAACACCGUCAAGACCAGUCCACUAGCUCCAAUCGCAACAUCGAUUAUCUCUCCUUUAGUACCAACACACUCCCGAAUUACGGUUCUACUGCUGGUAUCAAGAAAGACAACUCGUCUGUUGACUGGGAACGCUUCCUCUCAUCAAUCGACAACGGCCAAGCCAACAUUUACGACACUAUAUAUGGCGGUCCGCCUGCAGAUGCCUUUCUUAGUAUUGCACAACAUCCCGCCAUAGCUGAUGCCAAUUCUACCCUCUCGCCAGAUGACUGGAAUUGGGAGAAUUACAGCGAACAAGCGCCACCACCGCAGAGUGUUUUAAGCUUCAGCGACGAGAGCUUGACUAGCGGCGAAGACUUUGGCAGCAACCCUUGCGACUUUGACCUACCGCCUGGAGUCGACAAAACAUACCUCCCAGACUACAUCAAUUCCCUGAUUGGGACGGGUGGACUCGAUGUGAACUUUGGGUUAUGAUUUUCUACAGGUGUGAUAACAUGGUGAACGGGUAACAUCAAGAUGGUCGGAUUUUGAUGGCGGUUGGAGUAAAUGUGUAUGUCAGGGAUUUCGGUUUGUUCGGUUUGCUUCUAGGUUGGGGGAGUUGGACUUUGCUACGAUCUGCUUUUUACGAUAUCCCAUGCGGGCGCAAGUUAGGCAAUGCGCCGUUGUUGGGAGCUGAGGUGGAGAUGUCAUCACAUGUUCAAUAGCGAAAAUGCGUGAACCUUUCUCGAUAGAUAAUUUGAGUUGUCAAAUUGUAUGUAGUUUGCAAUGCGCAAAAGAUCGUGUUCG